CAUGCCUAUUCAACAUGGAUAGAAGCUUACACUCGCACGUGAAUAUAACACCAUCAUUCCCUUUCGAGCUGCACUACAUCAAAGCACUCUACCUGAACCAUCAAUACAAAGAGUGUGCGCGCAGGUGUGAGGAUCUGCUUGUUCACCAUCAGGAUGAACCUGCACAUCUCAUCUUCCUGAACCUCUAUGCCGCGCUAUCUCACGAAGGUCUUGCCAGAAUAAUGCAUGUUUACUCCGUAUGGAGAUUGCCCAAAAUCUCUGCAGCAGAAUCGGCAUACAACAGAGCACUUGAAGCAUGCUCAGAAGCGAAGUAUCAUCUUGAAGAGAGCUCGACACUAUCCGUACCGGGUCUUGCUCUUGACGACCCCAUGCCUAAGCUUGAAGGAACCUUUGCGCGCAAGAGAAACAACAAACCAUCGCUUGCUCAUCUCGGCCCAGGACUGGAUCAGUCUCACAACAAAUCCAGCAAACGUGCCGAGCGCAUCAACUUCAGCUGGCCACGCACUUUCACNCCCCUGUCCUGCGCAACGGUCAAGGCAAUCCAGUAUAGCGUGUGUCAAGACAUGAUGACGCCCCUCGAAGACCCUUUUACAGUCUCUCAAUCCGAGUCAUCAAGCGACACGCCGAUCAAGACCGAGAACCUCAGCGCAAACAACAGCAAAGACUCAUUCGAUUCGCCUCACCCUCCAUCCCCAACGCCCUCCCACAGAUCUGUCAAGCCUUCUGUUUCGCGUGCCCAAGCAGCUUACUUGGUCCACCUCGCUGCCCUCCAUGUUCAGAUUACUACUCAUCUCCACCAGCUUCUCGACUUGAAGCAGUCUACCACUACAGAACAAGAAGAACGUGUUCGUCGUCAAAGCGGAUCUACUUCAUCCGCCAGUGCAAAAGCCAACACCAGAUUGCCUCAAUCGCGCAGCUUCUGGAGCUUCAAAGAUGCAGAGGCAGAGAAGCAGGAGAAGCAGGCUCGAAUCAAGGAAGGUAGAGCCAGAGGUUGGAAGUCGGAAAGAUUCGAGCCAAAGAAAUACAAGGAGUUGGCUGAGAACGCACUUACCGAGUUGGAG